UUAUUCUAGCCUCAUUAAACUGCGUCACUGGAGUAUUGCGCGCACACCGUGAAGGUGCACAAGUAGAUUGAAGUGUUUCUAAACUUGCAACUGAAAUUAACUAUUCGCGCUUCAUCUCGAAUGAAGUCACCCAGCCUCUCCAGACAGACAAGGUUGGCAUUCGUAGCUGUUAUCCAGAAGUUAUUUUAAGCGCUUCACACUUUGCGUGCACUAUGGACGGAACUGUGGGCAGAGUUGUGGAGGAGGGAUCGACGCGUGGGUCCUUUCAGUCAGACGCUUCCCUCUGCGAAGUGGACGAGAGCCAGAGAGUUAAUGAACAACACCCUCACGACGAGCGUACCCUGCCUCUUAGGGAAUUUUAUCCCUAUAUUCGCUGUGCCCUCUGCAAUGGAUUUUUCAUUGAUGCCACCACCAUCACAGAGUGCCUUCACACUUUUUGUAAGAGCUGUAUUGUCAAGCACUUUUUCUACAGCAACAGGUGUCCUAACUGCUCUAUUGUCGUACACCAGACACAGCCACUGUAUAGUAUCAGACCUGACCGACAAUUACAAGACAUUGUUUUCAAGAUGGUUCCAUAUUUGGAAGGAGAUGAAAGGUCACGUAUAUGUGAAUUUUAUAAACGGAGAGGGCUUGACGUUCCUAAGCCAGUGGCAGCUCCAUCUGCAUACCCAGUGAAGCUUCCUCAGAGACAGAAGAGAGACAUGCUGCCUCAGUCUGUUUUUACUAUUCCCUCAGAGCUAGAUGUGUCUCUGAUGUUGGAGUUUGUGGGAGCUGAAGAGGGUGUUAAGAACUAUAAGCCCCUUGAGAGGAAGUAUGUGCGUGUGUCCGGAGAAGCCACUGUCCGUCAUGUGGAGCUUUUUAUCAGGAGGAAGAUGGAGCUGAGUCAAAACUGCAAGGUUGAUGUUGUGUGUGGAGAUCAUCUUCUUAAGCAAUACCAGUCUUUGAGAGAAGUUUGUAACACCAUGGGACAAAAUGCAUUGCAGGAUGGCAUGCUGGUUCUACAUUUCGGACUCGUUCUACCUGCUGAGUAAAGAGGGAAGAUACAGAAAGACCAUGUACUGUGAAAACUACAAUGCACAAUGGUUUUAUUUCAAGGGCUAAACUGAAUUUUAUUAUACAACAGUUAUCCUAUGCAAUGAUUCUUUUGUCUUCCUGGAUGCCUUCUGCUGAAAAAGAUUAAGAAUAUGCCAGCAUUCUCUCUGCAAAUGCAUUAAGAAACAUUAGCACUGAUGAGUUAUUUACAGCAAAUACUUUUUUUUUUCUUUUUUUGUUGUUGUUGUUACAAUUUCCACAGCCGUAAGGUUUCUGUAGAUGCUCUUUUAUAUGUUUACGGUAAGUAAUUUUUUAUACCUUGUCUCAGAGAAUGUAUUUAUGAAUAGAAUUGCUUGGUUUUUGCAUGUCAGUUUGGGGUUAAAUGCGUUGUGCAUUAAAGUAAAUUGGUACUAAACACUAAAGUACCUAAAUUGUUAGAUUUCUAAGUAUUUCUUUCUUUGCAAGAAUGAAGAUGUUCAUUUGAUUUGUCUUUCUCUUCUCAACUCUUCUAGAGCUGUUUAGGUGUUUCUGGUUGUUUUCUUUGUUCAUCUCAAAUGGAAAUCCUUUUGUACUUUUUGAGCCAUAUUGUGUAAUUACAUGGUCUUGGAAAAAUGACCUUUCAAAUAUGUUUUUUUUCAUCUUUUGCAAUAUUAUAAUUGAAGUGUUUUUCAUUUUUAAAACAGCUUCAUAGCUAAAUGUAAAUCUGUGCAUGACCAAACAGACCUCAUUGCAUAUAAAUACUAUGCCACUA